AUGUUGCCUGAAGUGCUCGUUAACAAACUCAAGUUGAUGGGUAGUAGCAUGGCGAGUGCGAUGCAGGCUCCGCUUCCACCUCUAGUUUUCACUCAGUCGGCCCCGCCUCCUUCGGUCCUCAUGCAGGCCGUUGAAAUUGUCCAGAAACACACGGACCUUGAUCCUGAACAAAUUUUUGAGGCAAUUGAGUUCAUCAGGCAAUCAACUAGCGAGGCCAAGAUGAACGCCAAAACUGGAUUUGCCUACCUCCUCGUCCUCUUCGCGGUCACUGGCAUCUGCUUAUCUCUUUUUCAUCAAGAUGGUGCGAUGGUACCCUCGCACACCAAGCCCGGAAACAUUCAUAUCCACGGCACCUGGCCACACGUUACCGGCUUCACUGAAACCGACGUCUCCAUAAGAACCGUUGGAACUGGGCCCCUCCGAGUGCACUUCAUUCAGGCUAAUAACCCGACGCCUUCCGCUGUAUCAGUCAAGUUGGUAUUGGACGGGCAUGAGGUCUUUAAUCAACAGAUAUGCGACUUGGAUCCGCUGCAGGCCGGCAAAAUCGUGAUCCAUAGAGUAAACGGAAAUAGGCCUCAUCAUGUUCUGGCGAAGUACACCUUUAAGCAGGCGGAGAGUGACAUAGCUGGAGCCCCAACCGGCUCCGAUACGGAUUAA